GGAACAAAACAAAGUUUAAGUUGUUUAGUUGAGUUCUUGUUUGUGCUUUUGCUUCAUGUUCUGAACAGUAACAAAAGUGAUUCUCUUUCACUUGUGUUGGAUUCUCUGUUUUGUUGGCUUUUCUUGUCCCUCUCUCUCUCUCUCUCUUUUACCAAGAACUCCUCCAUUUGAUAUCUCUGCUGUGUACUUUUUACCUUUCUUUGUUCUUUUUCACUGUCAUUUUUCUGGGGUUUUGUUCUUCCAAGUUCUGAUUUUGAUGAAGUUUGAGGAGGUAUUUCACCUUUUAAGAGUUCAAGUUUAGGGUUUUUUUCUGAGCUUCAGGCUUUGUUCUCAAAUGGGGUUUUGCUUCUUUAGUUCAAUAUUGGUUCUUGCUUUGUUCUUCAAGCCUGUACUUUCUCAGCAACCCAAUACAGAUGGGUUCUACGUCUCUGAGUUCUUCAAAAAAACGAGCUCUAAAUCUUUUCAAGCUUCAUACUUUUCAUCUCCUGUUUGUUCAUGGCAAGGAGUCACCUGUGACUCUCAGAAAGAGCAUGUUACUGCUUUAGUUGCUCCCAAUUUAGGCCUCUCAGGCCCAGUUCCUGAUACCACCAUUGGCAAAUUAACCAAGCUUCAAGUUUUAGAUCUUAGCAACAACAAAAUCACAGCUUUUCCCGGUGAUUUAUGGAGUUUAGGCUCUCUCACAACCCUCAAUCUCUCAAACAAUCAGAUUUCAGGUUCUUUACCAAACAACAUUGGCAAUUUUGGCUCACUUGAAGUCUUUGAUCUCUCUCACAACAAUUUGUCCGGAGAAAUCCCUGCUGCUAUAAGCUCACUUGUGAGUCUUCAAGUUCUGAAACUUGACAACAACAUGUUUCAGUACAGCAUUCCACAGGGAAUCAAGAGUUGUCAAUCUUUGGUUACAAUUGAUCUUUCAAUGAACCAGCUGAAUGGCUCUUUGCCUGAUGGUUUUGGUGCUGCAUUUCCCAAGCUCAAAAGCUUGAACCUUGCUGGAAAUGAAAUCUCUGGAAGGGACUUAGAUUUGACAGGAAUGAAGUCCAUUAGUAGGCUUAAUAUUUCAUGGAAUUUGUUUCAGGGUUCUGUUAUGGGGGUGUUUCAGGAGCCUUUGCAGGUGAUUGACCUCAGCAGGAACCAGUUUCAAGGUCACAUUUCUCAGGUACAAUUCAACUCUAGUUAUAAUUGGUCUCAUUUGGUUUAUCUGGACUUGUCUGAGAAUCAGCUAAGUGGAGAGAUUUUUCACAACUUGAGUCAAGCUCAGAAUCUUAAGCAUCUUAAUCUAGCUUACAAUAGAUUUAGCAGACAAGAAUUUCCGGAAAUCGAAAUUCUUUGGAGUUUAGAGUAUCUGAAUUUGUCUAGAACUAGCCUCACUGGUCAUAUUCCUAGUGAAAUCUCUGAAUUGAGUAGUUUGCGUACACUUGAUUUGUCUAUGAACCAUCUUAGUGGCCAUAUCCCUUUAUUGAGUAUCAAAAACCUUGAAAUUAUUGAUGUUUCACGCAACAAUUUGAGUGGUGAAAUCCCUGUAUCUCUGUUGGGAAAACUUCCAUAUUUGGAUAUUUUUAACUUCUCUUACAACAACUUAACCCUUUGUGCUUCAGAGAUAUCCCCUGAAAUCCUACAAAAAGCUUUCUUAGGGUCUUCAAACAACUGCCCAAUUGCGGCGAACCCUAGCCUCUUUAGAAGGAAAGCAACCAAACACAAGGGACUCAAGCUUGCUCUAGCUUUGACCCUCUCAAUGGUCUGCUUGCUUGCUGGGCUGCUGUUUGUAGCCUUUGGUUGCAGAAGGAAACCGAAAAUGUGGGUUGUAAAGCAAACAUCGUAUAAAGAAGAGCAAAAUGUUUCAGGCCCCUUUUCGUUCCAGACUGAUUCAACUACAUGGGUUGCUGAUGUUAAGCAUGCAAAUUCAGUGCCUGUAGUCAUUUUUGAGAAGCCUUUGUUGAAUAUCACAUUUGCAGACCUCUUAUCUGCAACUUCGAAUUUUGAUCGAGGCACCCUAUUGGCUGAAGGGAAAUUUGGACCUGUGUAUAGAGGAUUCCUUCCUGGUGGAAUUCAUGUAGCUGUAAAAGUUUUAGUCCAUGGAUCAACAUUGACAGAACAAGAAGCUGCAAGAGAGCUUGAGUAUCUUGGUCGAAUAAAGCACCCAAAUCUUGUUCCACUGACCGGAUAUUGUUUAGCUGGUGAUCAAAGAAUUGCUAUUUAUGAUUACAUGGAGAAUGGGAACUUGCAGAAUUUGCUGCAUGACUUGCCGCUUGGGAUUCAAACAACAGAGGAUUGGAGCACUGAUACAUGGGAAGAAGAUGGAAAUAAUGGGAUCCAAGAUGUAGGCUCUGAAGGGUUAUUAACAACAUGGAGAUUUCGACAUAAAAUAGCACUUGGCACUGCUCGUGCACUGGCAUUUCUUCACCAUGGGUGCUCACCUCCGAUAAUUCACAGGGACAUUAAAGCUAGCAGUGUAUAUCUGGAUAUAAAUUUGGAGCCAAGGUUAUCCGACUUUGGAUUGGCCAAGAUAUUUGGAAAUGGCUUGGAUGAGGAAAUUGCUCGUGGCUCACCUGGGUAUGUUCCACCGGAGUUUUCUGAGCCUGAAUGUGACUCCCCAACACCAAAAUCGGAUGUAUAUUGCUUUGGUGUGGUUCUGUUUGAGCUGAUAACAGGGAAAAAACCAGUUGGAGACGAUUACCCCGACGAGAAAGAAGCAACUUUAGUGAGCUGGGUUAGAGGCUUGGUGAGAAAGAACCAAGGAUCAAGAGCUAUUGAUCCUAAAAUUCACGAUACAGGACCAGAAAACCAAAUGGAGGAGGCCUUGAAGAUUGGAUAUCUAUGCACGGCCGACCUUCCAUCGAAGCGACCAAGCAUGCAGCAGAUAGUCGGCCUCCUUAAAGAUAUUGAACCAGCAGCCACUCUUCAAUGAAGAGCAAAGUGAGAUGACUACAGAUUAAGCUGUUUUCCUUAUUUAUAUUUCAUCUAAUCUGGGUUUUUUUUUUUUUUUGG